UAAUUGUAUAACAAAGCAUUGCUGACAAGUAUACCUUUUUUUUUCUUUAAUGUGUGGUGGUGCACUGGUUAAAGACUGAGUUGUGUGAGUUGAGGUAAGGCAACUUUUGUAACCAUUAAAAACAAUUUAGAACCGUGCUGAAGUAAGUGUUUAAUUGUAUAACAAAGCAUGGCUGGCAAGUAUACCUUUUCUUUCAUUUGGGGUGGCACAUUGGUUAAAGACGGAGUUGAGACUGCUUUCACUUGCGGCAGAGAGGCGGCGCUUGCGGCAGAGAGUCGUUUGGCUAUUGUCAAGAGAGUCGGCAUGCCGCGACCGAAGAAGAGGGCAACGAUAGCCAAACGGCUUUAUGCUCAGAGACGUGCAAAUACAGAGGUUACGCUGAAUCCUCUUAAAAAAAAUGAGGCAUUGCUGUCAUCAAAAGCUGGCAGCAUUGAAAACCCUUGCAAACUGGCAUCAGUAAAUGCAUCAGUAAACAUUGCAAACUCGCAUCUGUCAAAUACGCAAACCCUUGAAAACCCUUGCAAACCCUUGAAACCCAUUGAAAACCCUUGCAAACCCUUGCAAACCCUUGAAAACUCUUGCAAACCCUUGAAAACCCUUGAAAACCCUUGCAAACUCGUAUCCGUAAACCUUGCAAACUUGCAUCUGUCAAAUACGCAAACCCUUGCAAACCCUUGCAAACCCUUGAAAACCCUUGAAAACUUUCCACAGAAAUCAGUGCAGAAAGUUUCUCUCGGUCAAGCAGUUGGCAGCAGUUUUCCACGACCUUCUGGUAAAGCCCUUUACAGUGAAGUUGUAAAACGCUCUUCCAAGGUAUGUGAAUCAGUCAAGACUGAGGUAAGGACAUAUGAUUUUCAAGUAGACUCAGGCAAGGUCAGUCGACCCCAGAUGAGGUACCCAAUGAAAAGCAAAUCAAAACCCAUGCAAUCUGAACAAAACAUUCCUGCAAGUUCCCAUGAAAGUGCUUUGGGUGUUUGUUCUGAUUUUCCACAGAAACCCAUGCUAAAAGGAUCUUUUGAUCAAGCUGAUUCCCGCUUUGGAAAUUCACGCAACAGGCAGUGUGGAGCCAUCAGUUUGACGGCGGUGUUGAAAAGCAAGCUGAAGAAUGUGCUGAUGUGGUCAACACCAGAUCUGGACGGUGUCUUGGUUGCAGGAACACGCCUCUAUGAGUAUCUGAAAAAACAUGGUAACAUAAAAGACAGACAAGUCAAGGGUAGGAAUUACAUUGCAGUCCAUGAAUUACCGAGGAGACACAUGUUGGGUAAUACUACAUUUUCCAUUGAGUACACUCCUUCUCUGACUGGUUUUGUUAAUGUCAAUGAGUACCAUGAGUAUGACCAAGCCAUAAGCAGUGUAGCCAUGCCACUUGAUGUAGCCCUUCAGCAAACUCUACUUAGUGCUGAUGCUUUCUUGUUAACCAUUUGUGCCAACACAUCUGCAGUUAUUAAGCAGGGGUCAUGGUAUGCAGUCGUUGACUCUCAUGCCAUCAGGACAGACACAAGUUGUGUAGUUUAUCACAGUACCAUAGAGUCUCUGUAUAACUAUAUCAAUGAGAUGGCACAGUUGUUUGGGGAACCUAAGCCACCAUUUGAGAUAACUGGAGUUUUGGUUCAUGCAGAUGCAGAAUUGUCUGAUCCGCUUCAAGAAGCAGGCAGCAGCAGUUUCCCAUGCUCUUCCGGUAAAGCCCUCUUAAAACGCACAGCAAAGGUACGUGAAUCUGUGAAGACUGAGCCAAAGACCCCUGAUUAUCCAGUACCUGUGGAUGAACUUGCAGACGUGAGAAACCCUAACCUUCCAACGCAGACAGCCUCUGUGUUGCCAAGGAAAGGUAAAAGAUUGAGGAAAGAAAAGCACAUUGAGCUGUCAGGUAAACGGGUUACAAAAUCACAUGCUGAAACCGUUGUAACCGAUGACUUGAUGAUCACUGAUGUUUCAGUUCCAGAUGUCUUUUUUUCUCCCUUAACACAUAAUGAUAAGCAAGCUUUAUGUGAGCUCAUACAAAUGUCCAAUGAUAACAGUGACCAUAAUGUCAUAAACUUUGGUCCCAUAUCAGCUCCGUGUCAGACAAAGACCAUUAAACCAGACGGCAACUGUUUUUUCAGAUCAUUGGCACAUGUGAUAUGUGGAAGUGAGGAGAAACACUUGAAGGUUCGCCGUGCAGUUGUGAAACAUCUUAAGAUGAAUACUCCGCUGUUUGAGAGGUACGUGAGAAGUGAGUAUUCUUCAGCAGAGGAUUAUCUGACACGAUCUAGAAUGUUUUAUUCUGGCUCAUGGGUAACCGAAAUUGACAUAUUUGUUGCGGCCGAUCUUUUCAAAACCACAAUAAUGACUUUUAAUGACGGCCGAUGGAAUGCGCACAAACCUAACGGAGAGGUAUCCACUCAGAAUGCAAUUUAUCUGAAACACUGUAACCGUAAUCAUUAUGAAGUUGUGACGUGUGUUAAGCACAGGGAUCGAGAUUCUGUUUGUGCAGGAGCAUGUGGAAAUGUGGUCUCAAAUGAGGUCAGCAAACCAUGUCUGCGUAAGAGAAAGGUAAGCGAUGCUGCAGAAUGUUGUCCCACCAAAAGGCAUCGAGACCGAUAUCACAACGACAGUGAGUACAGACAAAAACAAUUGACGUACAAAAAGUCAAAGUAUGGUAAUGACCCGGAAUACAGACAGAACAAAAUUGAGCAUGCCAAAGCUAAAUAUUGUGAUGCCAUUUACAGGGGGAAAAAAAUUGAGAAAGCCAAAACAAAAUAUUCUGAUGACACAGUUUACAGGGGGAAAAAAAUUGAAUAUGCCAAAACAAAAUAUUCUGAUGACACCGUUUACAGGGGAAAAAAAAUUGAAUAUGCCAAAACAAAAUAUUCUGAUGACACAGUUUACAGGGGGGAAAAAAUUGAAUAUGCCAAAACAAAAUAUUCUGAUGACACCGUUUACAGGGGGAAAAAAAUUGAAUAUGCCAAAACAAAAUAUUCUGAAGACCCAGUUUACAGGGGGAAAAAAAUUGAAUCUGAGAAAACAAAAUACAGUAGAGAUAGAUAUUACCAAGAGAGAAAAAAGGGAACUCUUCGUGACAAAUAUCUAAAAAAUGUUGAUGUUCGAUUAUCAAAGUGUGAACGUUCUAAGGCCAAGUACUUGAGCAAUAUUCAGUUCCAAAAACGUGUUUGCCAGUAUUCUCGAUUGAAAUAUAAAUAUAAUGUUUCUUUUCAGGCAAAUGUAUGCGAGUAUUCAAAGAAAAAAUAUCUGCAAAACCUGGCCUUCAAAAGAAGAGUGUGUGAGUAUUCAAAGAAAAAAUAUCUGCAAAACCUGGCCUUCAAAAGAAAAGUGUGUGAGUAUUCAAAGAAAAAAUAUCUGCAAAACCUGGCCUUCAAAAGAAGAGUGUGUGAGUAUUCAAAGAAAAAAUAUCUGCAAAACCUGGCCUUCAAAAGAAGAGUGUGUGAGUAUUCAAAGAAAAAAUAUCUGCAAAACCUGGCCUUCAAAAGAAGAGUGUGUGAGUAUUCUGUAAUGAAAUAUCACAAAGAUGUGAACUUCCGUGUUCUUUCAAUACAAAAAGGUUGUGAAAAGUAUGCAAGAAAGAAGGAACAACAAGACAUUGCUGUUGCUAUUGGUAAUUUUAGACAAGAAAUUAGUAGUGGUCCAGAGUUUGUGUGCUGUGUCUGUCACCGUUUACUUUUCAGAAAGCAGGUUGUUGAAUGUAGAACACAUUGCUAUGAAGGCAAAGGUGUAAAAAUCGCUGCUUUGGGAAGAAGAUGCAUCACAACCAGGUAUCUUCAUGUCUGUGAUCAAAAGUGUGAAGGAUCUUCUGCUCAUUCCUCAGGGUGCAAAUUAUGGAUCUGUCUAACGUGUCAUCGAAAAAUUCUUUGUGGACAACUGCCUGAAGAGAGCGUUGCAAACAACAUGCAUUUGGUGGAUGUUCCAAAUCAACUGAAAUGCCUCAACUCUUUGGAACAACAUCUCAUUGCACGUAACAUUCCUUUUAUGAAAUUAUUGUGCCUUCCUCGUGGUAAACAACAUGGAUGCCAUGGCCCUGUAGUGUGCGUCCCAGUUAAUGCCACAGAUGUGUCCAAUAUCCUUCCACGAAAUGAAUGUGAUGACAAGAUGAUAAGGAUCAAACUGAAACGCAAGUUAACCUACAAAGGGCAUUAUGAGUACAAGUAUGUACACACUGAUCGUGUUCGAAAUGCUCUGAAAUAUUUAAUCCAGUUCAAUAAGUGGUUCGGUGAUGUGGAGAUUAAUCAGCAGUGGAUCAACUCUUUGAACGAACCAGAAGAAAAUGUUGUAGAUGAAAUGGAGCAACAAGACAUAGUUGAAAAGAUUGAUGAUGAAAAUGACCUUGAUGAACAGCAAGAGGAAGACCUUACCUACAUCAAAGAGCAAAGUGGUCUUUUGUCAGAUACGUCUUUGCAACCUGUGGACAUCGGUUCAGAAGUAAUUGAUCAGCAUUUCCAAGAUGUAUUAAAUCUGGCACCUGCUGAAGGUAACAGUCCUGUUAGUUUGUUAUCCGAUAGGUCUAACGAAGCAAAAUGUUUCCCUGUUCUGUAUCCAACUGGUGGUCCAACAUUUCAUGAUAAGAGGGAGGUAAAAAUAACACUGUCGAGAUACUUGAAUGCAAGAAUCCUCAAUGCAGAUGGACGUUUUGCACGAAGCACAGACUUCAUUUUCUAUGCACAGUAUCUGUCUGAGAUUGAUCAAGUUGUAUCCAAUGUUUCAAUUGCUUUGCGCAAAGGAUCUGAGAAGAGUUUGUUGACUGAAGUGACAUCAGAUGUACUAACAAACCCAGACUCGUUAUCUAAAAUCUUGAAUUUUGAUGAAGGAUACAAGUUUUUGAGACCAAUCCGUGGAACGCCUCCAUAUUGGCAGUCUACUCAAAAGGACCUUUUUGCACUUGUAAGACAGCUAGGUAUUCCAACUUUCUUUGCAUCCUUUAGUUCUGCGGAUCUCAGAUGGCCAGAAAUGAUUAGUACUAUAAUCAAACAAGAAGGGAAAAAUCUGAAAGCAGAUGAACUUGACUGGUCUGAAAAAUGUGGAUUGAUUAGACGAAACCCAGUGACUGCUGCAAGAAUGUUUGAUCAUAGAUGGCAUUGUUUUCUGAGAGAUGUAAUCAUGUCUUCAGCUCAACCGAUCGGUAAGAUAGUAGAUUACUUUUAUCGGGUAGAGUUUCAACAGCGUGGAUCUCCUCAUGUUCACUGUCUGUUUUGGGUUGAAAAUGCCCCAAUGUUAAAUGAAGACAAUGAAGAAAACGAUGGUUUGGUUGCUAGUUUUAUUGAUCGGUACAUCACUUGUGAGAUCCCAAGCGAGGAUGAAACUGAUCUGUUUGAGAUUGUCAACUGUGUUCAGAAGCACAGUGUCAGACAUUCAAAGACGUGUCGUAAGAAAAAGACAGUUUGCAGAUUUAAUUUUCCACGACCCCCAUCAAGCCGUACCUUUAUUACAAGAGGUGGUAGUCGAGACGAUUUGAAAAGCGGUGACGGAAAAGAUACUGCACGUGCAGUUUUAGAAAAAGUGAAAAAGGCUUUAACAGCUUCUGAUAUGGAUUAUGACUCUACUGAUGCAUUUUUUGAGUCCAUUGGUAUUAACCAAGCUAUCUUUGAGAAAGUGUAUGGGCAGUGUUCCAAAAAGAAAUCCAUUGUCCUGAAAAGAAGUCCAAAAGACGUCUGGGUGAACCAGUAUAAUAAACAUUUACUGCGUGCCUGGCAAGGCAACAUGGAUAUCCAGUACGUCACUGAUGCUUACUCCGUAGUGGUUUACAUUAUCAGUUACAUCACAAAAGCAGAACAAGAAAUGGGAUUGUUGCUGCAACGUGCGCAAAACGAAGCCAUGAAUGGAAACCUUGAAGCGAGAUCAUCACUGAAGAUGCUUGGUAGUGUAUAUCUUCACAACCGAGAAGUUUCUGCUCAAGAGGCUGUGUAUCGUCUGACCGGUAUGCACUUGAAGGAAUGUUCUCGUAAAGUCCAGUUUAUUCCAAUUGGAUUGAAUCCUGUAAAGAUGAGUUUGCCUCUUCGUGUUAUCAAAAACAAAGUUGAUCAGUCUGGUGAAGAAGCUAGCUUUUGGAUGACUAGUCUGGUUGACCGAUACAAGAAUAGGCCAAACACUGAAGAGUUUGAGACCCAAUGUCUAGCAAGUUUUUGCUCUGAAAACAGGAUCUUGUCAAAAUCGGAGGUUUCUUCACAAAAAAAAUCUUCUGAAGACAAGGUGAUCAAGCUUAACAACGACUGUGGUUAUAUGAUGAAGAGAACUCGAACUGACCCUGCUGUUGUUCGAUAUCCAAGAUUUUCUCCCAAAAAAGAUCCAGUAAGGUACUUUCAUUCAUUGUUGCAACUUUUCUUGCCACAUUAUGAAGAUUGUCAGCUCAAGCCUGAGAGUUUUAGCACUUAUGAGGAAUUCUACAACAGUGGUGCUGUGAAAUGUGGGAGAAAUGUGACUCAAGUCAAAUGUAUUGUUGAUGCUAAUCGAGCACUCUUUGAAAAGGAAAGUGACAAAAUUGAUCGAGCUCAACAGCUUUUGGAGCAAGGUGUUGAUUUGGAAGAUGCUUGGGCUGCAUUAUGUCCUGAAACUGAAAAGGAACGUCACGAAUGCUUAGAACUAAGGAAGAGUAAUACAAUUCCUGAUGAAGAUGAUUCGGAGUGUUCUAUUCCAGAUCUUGUAACGAACCCUCGAACUCCAUACAGAAUUGAAACCAAUCAGGCUGGAAUUUCUAGAGAGGAAGCAUUAUGUUUACUGCGAUCAUUAAAUGCACAACAAUGUGCAAUCUUUUACAAAGUACGGAAAUGGUGUUUAGAGAAACUUCUUUGUGAAAACCCUGAACCAUUUCACUUGUUUGUCACUGGUGGAGCAGGCACAGGCAAGAGUCAUUUAAUCAAAGCGAUCUACUAUGAAUCCUCCAGACUUUUAUCUCAGCUGUCCGAAAACCCUGAUGAUAGAAGUGUGAUUUUAACUGCGUCAACCGGAGUGGCCAGUUUUCAAAUUGGUGCUUCUACAAUCCAUAAUACCUUUUCCAUAGGUGCCAAUGUCAAACUGCCAUAUCAGCCCCUAAGUGAUGACAAAAUCAAUUCACUGCGUGCAAAACUUGGAGGUUUGCAGAUUCUGAUCAUUGAUGAGGUGUCUAUGGUUGACCAUCACCUUUUGUCUUAUGUUCAUGGUAGAUUGAGACAAAUUAAGCAAACUGGUGACUACUCAAUUUUUGGAAGAGUCAGUUUGGUCUGUGUUGGGGAUUUUUAUCAGCUACCGCCAGUCAAGGGAAUUCCCCUGUACGUUGAUCCAAAAGGAGUGAAUCUUUGGGAUACCAACUUUGAAAUUGCUGAACUAACACAAGUUGUCAGGCAACAAGAUGCAUCUUUUGCUGAAAUGUUAAAUCGUCUGAGAGUUCAUAAAAAGAACGAAACUUUAAGCCCAAAUGACAUCAACAUGUUGAAGCAACGUGAAACUGGUGAAGAAUGCGAUGCUAUUCAUAUAUUCCCUACAAAUGCUCAGGUUGAUGAGUACAAUAUACAGAAACUUAAUGAGCGUUGUCCUGAGGCAAUCACUAUUCACGCUAGAGACUUUGCUAGAAAUCCAGAAACUGGAAGAAUAGAAAGGAAAGUUGGAUUUCAUGCAAAAGUUUUCAACUCCUGUUUGGACAAAUGUGUUUCCUUGGGUGUUAGUGCCAGAGUAAUGCUUAGGAAAAAUGUUGAUGUUUCUGAUGGACUUGUCAAUGGAGCCUGUGGCACAGUUGUCCACAUAAGCAGAAAACAAAGACGUGAUGAUGAUGAAGAUGAUGACUUCCCAUCAGCUAUCCAUGUUGAAUUUGAUGAUCCAAAUGUUGGUAAAAUUCAGAGAUCGAAGCUGCGACAGAAAUAUUCCCCAAAUUCGACUGUUAUUGAAGUGGAAGAAGAUCAAGUGUCAAACGAUGGUGGUUUAAGACGUCAGUUUCCACUUAAAUUGGCAUGGGCAUGCACCGUUCAUAAAGUGCAAGGACUCACAGUAGAUAAAGCGGUCGUCUCACUUGACAAGGUAUUUUCUCCGGGACAAGCAUACGUUGCACUGAGUCGUGUGAGAACCCUCGAUGGACUAAUAAUUAAUAACUUCAAAGAUUCUGUCAUAUAUUGUAAUGAGAAAAUUGACUCUGCUAUGAAAAACAUGCCCCGACUUGCUUUAGAAAAUUACAGUUUUGUAAAGGCACCUGGCAUGUUUACAAUUGCUCUUCAUAAUGUACAAAGUCUUCGAGCUCAUGUUCAGGAUCUUCAAGUUCACAGACAGAUAAUGAAUGCAGAUUGCAUCUGUUUAACUGAAACGUGGCUAAAAGUUGAAGACCAAGUACAAAUUCCAGGAUUUGUUUUUAAGAGCAAUCCAAGAGCUAAAUGUUAUGACAACAGUACUCCACUUUUCACUGAUUUAAAACAACAAAGAGGAGGUGGAGUUGGACUAUUCUGUUGUGAAAGCAUUCAUUUUAAUGUCAGGGUUCCAGAACCUUGUAACUUGGAAUGUCUAUACUUUGCAGUUCCACAUCUAAGUUUGAAUGCUGCUUUGCUGUACAGACCUAAUUCAUAUCCACUUAAUCUGUUUCGACAAAAUAUGUUGCAUGUUAUUGAUGAGCUGGAGAAACAGUCAGGAAAGAAAGUGAUUAUGGGAGACUUCAAUGAGGACAUCUUGACAUCAUCUACAAUUGGUACACUAAUGGAACUGCAUGGAUACAGUCAACAUGUGCAACACCCUACCACUGAAAAAGGUACACUGAUAGACCAUGUCUAUGUUAAAGAUGCAGAAAAUGUCUCUGUUGAAAUUGUGCAAACAUAUUACAGUUUCCACCAAGCAGUCCUUAUUUCACUGAGGUAAAAAUGAAUGGGUCUAAUUCAUGAAACGCGAGCAGAACAAAUUUUUGUGUAAAUCACGUGUAAAGUGGUUUUGGGGUAAAUUUUUGGAUUCAUUAAAACGUUCGUAUUUUCCUAAUGUUAGUUGGUAUGA